UUACAUGAAACAAGAAAAGAUAAAAAUAAAAAUAAAAAUAAAAUGCAUUUCUUAUCGUCAUCAAUGUAAGAGUGCCCAAUAUUGGAUUCAUUUUUUUAAUCAAUUCAAGGUAAUAACUACGAUGAUGAUGAUGAUGAUUACGGCAAACAUUGUUUCCAUAUGAGGAAGAAAGAAAGAGAAGAAAAUUGAACCAUUGGAAAAACAUUACAAAGAAGAAAAAGAAUGCCAUUGUCGAUAUCAUCAUCAUCAUAUCAAGCCCUAAAAAACGACAACAUACUGCUAGUCAUCAUUCAAAUCUAUUGUCCACAUAUAUAUUUAAUAUAUUUAUGUAAUAAGAGAACAUUGUUGAUCAUUGACUUGAUUCAAGAAAGAAAAUGAUUCAUUGAUUCAUUCAUACAAUUUAUUCAAACAAACAAACAACAACUAUUAAGACUUUACAAUCAUCUCUCUCUCUUAUGAGAAAAAAUCGGUUUUGAUUCUCGAUUCGUAAGUCGACUUUUAUUCAUUCAUUUUUUCAUCGUCAACGACAACGAAACAAGUGAUCUAGUCCUCAACAAAAAUUUCAUACAUUUUUCAAUUCAUCAGUUCAACGAUGAUCAUUUCAAAGCAGAUUUGAAACUUUUCCACAUGAAUCUGAUGGUGAUGAUGAUGAUGUGAUUUCUUUUUUCAUUCAUCCGUUAUCCGUGUCGAAAAAAAUCCAUUUUCUUUAUAACAUAUACCUCCCUUUUUUGUGUUUUAUUUUGUGAUUUCUGGAAAAACCCCGUUAUUUCUGACUGACUGACUUUUUGGCAACAAAUAAGAUAAUCAUUAUUCCAUUUUAUCGAUUUGAUAAUCAAAAUCAUUAAAAUGUCGACGACAAGCAAUAAGUCAACGACAAUAAGCCGAAUUCCAUCAUCGGCAAGUUCGGGUGGCCUAAUGAAAUUGAAAUCACAAUCAAAACAACAACAGCAGCAGCUAGGCAGUAAUGAAAGUAUUUCAUCAAAUGCAAGUUCUACUUCUACGACGAAAAUUCGUUCAUCGAUUCCAAAGGCAAAAUCAUCGUUAUCGGGAAAUACGCUUGGUGAUGAUUCAUUAAUAGAUGAUUUUCAUUUGGAAGAAAAAGUCUGGGUCAAUGGCUCUCGUCCGGGUAUUAUUCGUUUUAUUGGUGAUACUAAAUUUGCUUCGGGCAAAUGGAUUGGUGUUCAGUUAACAUCACCGGAUGGUAAAAAUGAUGGAUCUGUAUCCGGUGUCAGGUAUUUUUCCUGUCCAAACAAUUGUGGUGUAUUUGUGAAGGCACAACGGCUUACCAAAGCACCGAUGCCUGAAUCGGUUUUUCAAAAACGAUUAACCUCUCCAGCACGUGAAACAAAUAACAACGGAACAAUGAUACAGAAUGGAACCAACAACAACAACAAUGAUACAGCAUCAGAGAAAUCAUCAAACACUCAUUCGGAUAUUGCUUCAAAUACAAGCCUCUUGUUGAAGAAUUCACCAUUCCUUCAACAUUCAGCUGUAUCAUCCGUGAAUGGAAAACCAGCUCGUAUUCAUGGUCUUUCUAUCGGUGAUCGUGUAUUAGUGAAUGCAAGUUCGGGAACAAAACUCGGAACUUUACGUUUCUUAGGUGAAACAGAUUUUGCUGUCGGACAAUGGGCUGGUAUCGAAUUGGAUGACCCACUUGGUAAAAAUGAUGGAUCGGUUGCCGGUAAACGAUAUUUUGAAUGUAAAAUGAAAUAUGGAUUAUUUGCUCCAUUACAUAAAAUUUCCGCUGCUCCAUUAAGUGCCCUGAACAAAUCGAAUGAUUUGCAGUCGAAACGAAAAGUAUCAGGAUCUACUGGAUCGAAAAUUGGUUCUACAUCACGUUUAUCUCGCUGUGGUAGUCAAGAAUCGGUUAGUUCGAUUGCAUCGUCUGUUGCUUCAUCAACAGCCACUGGUCGUCUUAGCCGUACCGGUAUACGAUUAGGCGUCACUUCAUUGAAAUCACCACCAUCAACAAACGGCGCAGGCAUUGGAUCAUCAUCAUCAUCAAAAUCUACAACAGCUGCAGUUGUUGCCGGUACUGGUGCAGCUAUUUUGGAAGCUUUGAAAGAAAAAGAUGAACACAUUGCUCAAUUAUUGAAAGAAAGAGAUUUGGAACGUGGUGAAUUUUCACGUGUUGCAUUGCAAGCAGAUGAACUUGAAGAACGUAUAGCUACAUUACAGGCAGAAAAUGCACGUAUUGCUACCGAAGCUGAUGAAGAGAUGUCUGAAUUAAAACGAUUGAAUCAAGAAUAUGAAGAAGUGCAGCUAAAAUUAUCGAAUCAAUUGGAAGAGGAACGUAGACGUUUGGAGGAUAUACAAUUUCGUUUGGAAGAAGAAUCGCUUGCGAAAUUAGACCUAGAAUCUACUGUUGAAACAUUGAAAAAAGAUAUUGAAAAUUUAAAACAUGCAAAUGUUUCGGAUUCAUCUCGAAAAAUCUCAAACAUUGAUACUCCGAAAAUGGUGUAUGAUAGCUUACUAGAAGAAUUCCAACGACGACAAAAAAGCUUGGAAGAUAAAGUUGAUGAUAAAGAGAAUGAAAUAUUUGCUUUACAAGAGGAAAUCACCCGCAAAGAGGAGACAAUAUUUCAGCUUGAAGCAUCAGCUGAAAAACGUAAAACCGAAAUGGAAAGUUUACGUGCACGUUUACGUGAAGUAGAAAUGGAAUUGGAAAAGAUUCACCCACGUUCACAACGAUUACAAGAAACUGUGGAUGAAUUGAAACGUCUACAACGACUGGAAAAUGAUUGUCGCCUAAUACGACAAGAACGAGAUAAUCUUCUUGAUGAUAUUAAAAAUUAUGAAACAAAAAUGUUUGCAAUGGAAGAAAAAUUGAUUGAAGAAGUGAAACAAGUCAAAGAUAGUAACGAACAAGCUACUACUGCUAAAAUCACUUUUCUCGAAGCUGAUCUAGAGAAAAAGACUCGUCAAGAAAGAUUUUUGGAAGAGAAAUUAAUUGAGACAAAAAGUCGUUAUGAAAAAUUUGAAAGUCAAGUCAAUUCAUUAGCCGAUCAGCUUCGUGAUUUACGUCGAACGUAUGAAGAAGAAUGUCGUCGUCGUAAAACAGCGGAAGAAAAGAUCCAACAAUUAAAUGGUCAUAAUCAAUCGUUACAAUUGAAAAUCGAUGAGCUUGUACACAAAAGUGGUUCAUCGUCGGAUAUGUUGUCACGAUUGAAUGAAGAACUUGUUCAACGACAACAACAAACAUCGAAAAAAGAAUCAGAAUUACGCUCCGAAAUUGAAUCAUUGCACAGAGAAAAUCAAGAACGUGAAAUUGAAAUUAGAAAUUUAAAAGUUGAAAUUGAAAAUCAAAAAUCAUUGCUCACACGAUUCGAAACAAAAGAAUCUGAUGUAGAGAAAUUGAUUCAAGCUAAUUUAAAUGAAUUAAAACUAACGCGAAGUGAUAAUGAACAAAAACAGCGUCUUGUAGAUGAUCUUAAAAUGCAGCUCAAACAAUUGAAAGAUCAAAUGCAACAAGCUGAUAGGCAGCAAGGUUCAUUGAAAGAUGAAUUAGAAAGCCAAUUUAUGAAAUCACAAAAAGAAUUGGCCGAAUCAAGACAGAAAAUUGUUUCGUUAAAUGAUGAAUUAUCUCGAUUAAAGAAUGUUUUGAUCGAAAUUGAAAAUGAACGUGAUGGUUAUCGUAAUGAAAUCGAACGUUUAGAACGUUCAUGUUGCGAACAUCAGUUAAAAAUCGAAAGACUUGAUGAACAAUUGGUUGAAUCAUCACGCCAAUUUGAUGAUUAUCGAACACGUGUCGAGAAUCAAUUUGAUUCUCAACGACAAAAUUCUACUAUUAUCUCAUCGCUUCGCACCGAUCUAGAUGGAUCGAAUCGAAAAUGUCAAACAUUGGAUGAUGAGAACCGAUUACUUCGUGGUGAAAAUGCAUCUUUAGCAUCAAAAGUUCGUGAACUACAAGAAGAUAUUGAAGGAAUGAAACAACGACAUCAACAAGUGUUGGAUGGAUUUGAAUUUGAAUGUAAACAAAUGACCAAUCGAGCAAUUGAUGCUGAAUCUAGAGCUGAACAACAACAACAACAGUUGGAACAUCUUGAAUCACAACAACAGUUAGCUUUAGAAGAAUUUCGUCGACAAGCUGAAGUGGAAAAGAGAAUGAUGGCAGCUAAAUUGGAUCAAUUGGAAGCUCGGGUACGUGAACAACAUGAAUUGGUCAUACAGCAACAGGAAUUGGACCGAAGAACGCGUACAAAUUCCACCGGUGGAGAAGAAGCUUCGUUUGAGCAACAAAUUGAUUUCCUUAAUUCAGUAAUUGUUGAUAUGCAAAAGAAAAAUGAUGAACUUCGUAAUCGUGUACAAGUUUUGGAAGAAAUUGGUCUUGGAGAAUUUGAGAAUUCGUUUCAAACACAAGUGCAAACUACCCGUAGUAGUAGCAAUAGUAAUGGCUUAACAAAUGGCCAUAUACGAACUGUUCGAAAAUAUUGUGAUAUUUGUGAAAUAUUUGAUUCUCACGAAACGGAAGAUUGUCCACAACAAUCAUCCAACAUGAUGGUAAACGGUGGUAAUAUGGUUGUUGGACAAGAACCAGGUCAUACUUAUAAUGCAGUGGAUCGUACACAACAACGUGCAUAUUGUAUGCAAUGUGAAAGAUUUGGUCAUGACACGGAACAAUGUCCAUUGGAAAAUGAAACAUUCUAAUUAUGAGUUUAUCUUAUUUAUCUAUCUUUUUUUUUGACAUUUUGCAAUCACAAAUUUCAUUUUUUCCUUUUGUUUUUGUUGUUGUUUUAGUUUAU